GCCUCAAGCAUGAGAGCAGUUUUAGUGAUAUUCUUUCUAGUUGCAGUCGUGCAAUGCAUGGCAAAUGAUGAUGUCAGUGAUGAGGAGUGGAAUUCCUACAAAAAACUGUACAAUAAAAAUUACGCUACGUCGAGCGAGGAUCGGUUACGCAGGCAAAUAUACAAAGACAACAAAAAUCAAUUUGAGACGCACAAUGGGCGGUUCGCAGCAGGACUGGAGACCUGGGAAAUGGGCGUUAAUCAAUUCACGGAUCUGACAUCGGAGGAGUUUCAGAUGAUGUCGUGCAGCUCUCCCUUGGAAGAUGUCCGGGCAGAUUAUGUUUAUAUGCCACCCGCCAAUCUUAAGCUGCCGAAGAGUGUGGACUGGCGCAAGAAGAAAGCUGUGAGCGGCAUUAGACACUUGGGCCAAUGCGCUAGCUGUUAUGCGUUUGCGACAGUCGCGGCAAUUGAGUCUCAUCAGUUUCUUAAGACCGGGAAAAUGAUUGAGCUGUCAGAGCAGAAUCUGCUCGACUGUUCGAGUAACCCGCCCUACACGAACAAGGGCUGCUACUCCGGCACAGUUGACGAAUCUCUGAGGUACGUUAAGGAAAACGGCAUCAAUACCCGCAGCUCAUAUGGCUACGAAGGAAAGCGGGGCAAAUGUCGCUUCAGAAAGGAUCACAAUGGAGCUAACGUCGCGGCCAGCGUCUUGGUCAAUCGUAAUGAUGAGUACGCUCUGCAGGCAGCCGUAGCCACAAUAGGACCCGUUACGGUGACCUUCAAUGGUCAGCAUAUGCAGGGUUAUAUAUCGGGAAUUGCUCAAAAACCCUGCACCAAAAAUACUACCUACCAUUCCUUGUUAGUGGUGGGCUACGGUACGGAUAAAGGGGUCGAUUAUUGGCUUCUGAAAAACGCCUGGGGAAAAUGGGGCGAAUCUGGCUACAUGCGCGUAGCCCGCAAUAAAAACAAUUACUGCGGGAUCGCUAGCUGGCCCGUUUUUCCAGUGAUAUAAGUACAUAUUAUGUAAAAUUAUUAUCGGGGAUGAAUACACCGGGUUUUCUAUAUAUAAAAAAAUAUAGAUAUACAGUACCGAGCAAAAGUGAGUGAAUGUUUCACAGCUUUGACUUUCAUCACGCAUAACAAUAAAACCAUACAAGCAAAUUAAGA